GGGCGGAGUUUCUCCAGUGUGAGGAGCAGCUGCUGCAGGGUCACCGCUGGCUUCCAUUCACUACCAUACACUCGCUUGUGUCCAUCACCACGUGAGUAAGCGCGCUCAUGCCUAGAGGAGAUUUCUGAUCACAUUCAUUCAUAUCUGAUGUGGACGAGCGCCGGGAGAGACUGAACGCCGAGCCGUCAGAAGGAAUUUUCAGCAGGUUGUGGUGGGAAUGGUGAUGUGAGCCGUUACUGCGGAGACUCUCCGCUCAUAGAGGAGUGUUUACAGAGCAGAUCUCACGCGCACUGCAAUGAUCGCUUCAUCACAUCCAGUCUGAAUUUGGUCGAAUCGCUGGUGCCGACGGGGUCUGCAUUGGUUUUACCCCUACUAACGAGGAGAUCAAAAUGGGGAACAGUUUCUCCAACAUAUCUGCGUUUCAGUCCCUCCAUAUAGUGAUGCUUGGCUUGGACUCCGCAGGGAAAACCACGGUCCUUUACAGACUGAAAUUCAACGAGUUUGUCAACACUGUGCCUACAAUAGGAUUCAACACGGAAAAAUUCAAGCUGAGUAACGGCACGGCCAAAGGAAUAAGCUGUCAUUUCUGGGACGUUGGUGGGCAGGAGAAACUCCGGCCCUUGUGGAAAUCUUACAGUAGGUGCACGGAUGGCAUCAUUUAUGUGGUGGACUCUGUAGACGUGGAUCGACUGGAGGAGGCCAAGACGGAGCUGCAUAAAGUGACCAAAUUCGCUGAAAACCAAGGAUCGCCGCUGUUAGUAAUAGCUAAUAAACAGGACCUGCCGAGAUCUCUGUCUGUUGCGGAUAUAGAGAAGCAGCUGGCGCUCCAGGAGCUCACGCCUGCCACUACGUACCACAUCCAACCGGCCUGUGCCAUCAUAGGCGAGGGGCUUCACGAAGGCAUGGACAAACUGUACGAAAUGAUAGUCAAACGACGAAAAAGCCUCAAACAGAAGAAAAAGCGAUAACUCUCUACAAAGCCUGCACCUGACGUUUCCAUUGCUGAUGGCCUGAGUCACUGGGUUUGCCAUUUCAACGUUGCACUGUUGACAUUCAUCUGAAUGGUUGUUUGUUGUUGAGCUGGAUUUAUGUUGCAUAUGAUCUUGGUGGCGCAGAUGAACCAAAAAUGUAAAACAAAAAAAAAAGGAAAUAAUUUGUUACAAGGGCUGGUCCCGAUUAAGCUGCCAUUCAUUUGCAUAGCCUGGUCAUCAGUUUGAAGGAGUUCUCUACUGAAGCACUGUGAAAAACGCUGUAACAUUUCAUGGAAUGCUUGAUAUCUUAUUUUGACUCUUAUGGAACAUAGAGUGAACUUCUGAGAACAUUAUCGAGAACUGUAGCUUCAAAAUCCCAGAAUGAAAUUGGGGUUUGAGGACUUUGUAAUUCACAAAAUUACUGUAACUUCACUGGGCCUGAGUGAGUAUGAGGUCUCGUGAAGACGUCUAGAUUUACAGGAACUCUGAAGAACACAAAUGAUGGACUGGGCAUUGCCUGUGACACGGUUCACCUCUAAGCACUUUUUUUCUUACCAAGAUAGUAGUGUACAACACUGUAGAUCAGAUAUUAGACUGUCCGUGUAUUACAAAGUCAAGAUGAAUCCUGAAGUAUUUUUCAAUUAAAAUGUGUGUUAAAGCAAACACCUUAUCUCAUGUUCUGUAUCAGGAUGAUAUGAGGGUUAAAGGUAUUUAAGGUGAGUGCAGCUGUUUCAUGGAUGAAUCUCUCACCUCAUAUUUAUCUUUUUCAGAAGAAAUUGUGAUAGCGUUGACUUCUGUACGUGUAUGUGUUAUAGGAUCAUUGGGAAAUUUCACAAGUAUGAACUAAUCUGGGCUUUUUCAGGCUCUGUUAAGGGGGAGGUAAUUUUGAGUCUACCAAGCUUUCUCUAAACAUUGAAAGAAGCCAUAAAGAAACAGACUGAUCACUUUUCAUUUGAACUAGCUUGGGUGUUUUACCUUCAGCAUACUUGAAUUGAACAAACUCCUGCAAUUUUAUAUACAUUCAUUUUGUGGUUAACUACAAAAACAUAUAUAUUUAAUUUACAAAUUUUUGUGCAAAAGGUGUGUGUUUGGAUAGCCAUGCCUUUGUUGUAUUAGCUUAAUUGAAUAAGACCCCUUUCCAGCCAUGCUGACAAUGGUGUCUUUCUAUCCCAUAUAACUCUAGGGUUUCAUCCCAAGAGGAAAGAGAUGGUCAGUCUAUUCAAAACCCCCAUUUAAAAAACCUGUCUGAUCACGUUCAGCCCCAAUUAUAGCAAUAGGCUGUGGUCUUACCUGAAAUUUGGAAUUUGACUACAUUUUAAAUUUCCAGGAAAUAAUUAUAUAGGCUAAUGUUAUGU